GCCUUCCUAGAUGUCCUACUCUCCUCUGUGUGCAUUUGUGUGGGUGUGUGGUGGGGGUGUGCCUCUGUGUGCCUUACACUUCUUUAUACUUUCUGGUUCUUUGUGAGAAUUCUGUGGUAUGCAUCUUUUAUAUUAAAAUUUGAUACGGGGGAGCUUACUUGGGUGCAGUGUUUGGCUCUUGCUUCUGCUGUCCUUGCUGCUGUUGCUGCUGCUGCUUGUGAUGCUAGUGUUUGGGUUCCCAGGUGGGAGGGCCUGAGUGUUCGAAGUACCUUUUGCCCAGUAGAUCGGUUCCUCACUAGUCAGCAGGUUGCCGUGUGCUUUUAAUAGAAAACCUGCUCAUGUACCCUCUUGACUCUUGUCCUGGUUUCUUCCUUAAGGGGAACAUUUUUCCAUUUUAAUUUAUUCAUCCUAGUAUUGCUGGUAAUGUGUCCUUAGGUGCAAGGUUCAAGUUUCCUCCCCCAGAGGAAUGUCGAGGAUUCUAAUUUACAUUCUACCCUCAUCCCAUUAUUUUUGUUGUUGUUGUUACUGUCUGCAAAAUAGUACUGUGAAUGGGUAUCCUUGAAUGAGUUCUUGUUGUUGGUCCUGAAUUAGACCCCAAGCUUGAUGUGUUGGGUCAUUGGUUUCAUAACUGCACAAAAACUGGAUGGUUUUCCUGGCUGUUAGCACUCUACCCUUGUUCCCUCACCCAGUUCUUAGCUAGAGAUUUAAGAGUGUUAUCACUUGGAUACCUAGCUUGACUGGGGAGCUGCUAAGAAGAAUAAAACAGACUUGCUGGACUGAUACUUGUGAAAUGUGCAAGCAUAGCCAAAGGGGAUGUAGACGGUUGAGUGAAUCGGAGUACUAGAAUGAUGUGUUGCGUUUGAACGGUUGUGGAUAGUUGAUUUAGGCCGUUUGGACCCUUCCUCCCAUCUUUGUACAAGUCUGUAGUUAUACGCUGCCUUGGAAGAAGUGCCCGCCCCCACCCCCAACGCAGGUGGUGCAGCUUAGUCAUAGACCGCAUUGACUAAUGUUUGGAGAAAAAAGGUGUUCUGUCCGCUAGGCAGGUUGGGAAGGAGUCAGGGGUGUGUGUGAUAUUUCUGUGAAAUUAAUCUUCAGAUUAAUUCUACAGGUCGUGCCUUGCAGAAGAUUUCUGUCAUGUGGGUUGUGGCAUGGUUGUUUGGGAACAUGCUUAUUAAAUAAUUUUUUUUUUUGGCUAUAGUUGGCGAUUGGGAUCGUAAGUGGCGAUAAUAUGUCUUUGGAGAAUUAUUUCCGUGUAAAAUUGUUCACUGCUGCUGAAACGUUUAUAUUCUUGUUUUCGUGUUCAGGAUUUAAGUUGGAGUGUAAGAGUAAAGUUCUGAUUUUUAGAAGUUGAGAGCGAGACAUUAAGAUGUAGAUAAUGCCAAAUUUGCAAAAAGCUUCCAAACACUUAUAAAUUCAUGCCCUCUUGGGCGGGCAGAAUUUGUACACUGAUGAGUCUAAAUGAAUCUUUAAAAAUUCCAGGUUUUGAUUCUUAUGUUUAAACGUGUAGUUUCCCAUUAUUUCUGCUAAAAGGCGUUCUGAAAUCUUCUUAUUACUUAGUACAGUAGGGCAUUUACUUUUGUUGCCAAUAGUCUUCAAAUUGCAGUUCUAAUCUGCUUUAACUAUCUAGAUGAAUUGCCCUAAUCCAGUGCUCACAAUGGCUGUGGUUAAGGAGUCAGAGCCAUUUGAUUGGAUUCACUGGCUGCUUGGAAUGUGGGAGGUACUGCCCUUUUGCAUUCCCCUUAGCCUUUUAAUCUUCCAGCCAAAUGUUCACAUUCAACAAUUUUGUUUAGCUGGCAAUCGGAACAUUUCAGUAUCUCAAAGGCUGCUGUCAUGGCAACUGAGAUUAGAGCGUGGUGUCGUUUCUCCAGUUUUUUUGUGUUCUUUUCACUUUCCAGUCACAGAGGAAACUGGAUGAAGAAUGAAAGAAUUAAAUUAUUCAUAUACAUGCAACUCAUCUUCAGUUAGAGCAGCAUAAAUGUGAUAAAUAUGAAUUACAUAAAUGAAGAGCAAACAAGUCAGAGUGGAUCCGGAGUGGGGGAGGGGAGAAAGCACAUUGCAAUUUAGAUUCACUUCUGGUCCUAUACCAGAGGAAGCUGUGCCACCAAUCUUAGCCACUGGAGUUGGCACAGGGGCCCCUCAGAGGCUUGGAUCCAGGGGCUUGGGUCCUGCAGUGCUGGCCGUUCUCUGUCCAGGGGCGUUGGCUCAGGAUCUCAAACCUUAUUCCUUAAGGCUUUCCUCCCCACCCCCACCUCACCCUGAGAAUGACUUCCCUUAAGAAUGCUUUCAGGGCCUGGUGGGGUGGCUCAUGCCUGUAAUCCCAGCACUCUGGGAGGCCGAGAUGGACAGAUCACCAGAGGUCAGGAGUUCAAGACCAGCCUGGCCAACACAAUUAUACUUUGUCUCUACUAAAAAGUACAAAAAUUAGUUGGGUGUGGUGGGAGUCGCCUGUAAUCGCAGCUACUUGGGAGGCUGAGGCUGGAGAAUCGCUUAAACCUGGGAGGCGGAGGUUACAGUAAGCCAAGAUUGUACCACCGCACUCCAGCCUGGGUGACAGAGAGAAACCGCAUCUCAAAAAAAAAAAAAAAAAAAAAGUGCUUUCAUCCUUGGCACACAGAAAUGGCACUCUCUUGCAUGAAUGCCACCCAGGAAAGUAACUCUAAUUCCACUAAGUAGUGGUUGUGUUGAAUUAGGCAUCAAUUUGGAAAAUACUUCUUAUUGAUAUGAGGAUACCUAUUUAGGAAGUAAAGAUUUAGUAGGACAAGAAGCUUCACCUAGAAAAUUAUUUCAACACUGAGGUUUUUUGACAUUUUAUACAAUGUUUUAAUUUCCUUCAGCCUUGCUUGAUUAUCUGGGUUUGUGAAGAGUAAGUGCCUUGAGAGUGAAGAUUAUUAAUUUUCAGCAAUCAGAUGUGGCUCAUGAGGGGGCCACAUGUGAAAACCAAAGGGGAGUGUAUGUGUGUGUGCAUUUUUUUUCCAAUUGGAAGGUUCACAGGAGAUUCAUAAGACUUGCUGUCACCGGUUAAUUUUCGCAGCAUGCUUAAAUGUCUAUUUUUGGUCUGUUUAUUCUGUUUCUUCACUACACAAAGUCAUGUAAAACAUGAUAAAUUGGACCUUAUGAAACCUAAUUAAAUCAAUGACUGUUCUACUCCUUUAUGUGGAAACCACAAGUAUGUUGUAAAAGUUGCCACUCCCUUAAUACGUGAACAAAAUGAAAACAUACCAUAAUUCUAAGAUGUUUGAGCUCUAUUUCUAUAACCCAUUUUGUGGUUAAGCCACCAGUGACAUGUCUGAAUAAGUAGGUUUGACGGCUGGCUUUUGGUUGUUAAAACCUGCCUCUCUACCUUCCCCUCCUUUCUUGUGAAGUAUAAUGGCAUUGUAUUGAAACUCUUUAUGUAUCCUCCUUAGCCAUCUUACAGUUCUGACUUAGAUAGGGAGGCAUUCAGCUGGGCUAACUAAAUAGUUUACAGAGAGUUGAUGGGUUUAUUUGAUUUCUGGAAAAUUCAAAAAUAUAUACAAAAACUCAAAAAUCUUGAAAGCAACUGAUACUUAAACAGAAGUGAAAGGCACAGGAGGUGAUAUAGUUGUGUCUCAAUACCUAUUCAGAGAAGAGAAUUAUUUCUGUAAUAUCAUAUUGCUUUCAUUAAGAUGGCCCUGGUCAUAAAGGUGGUAUCUACAAAUGGACCUGUUCAUAAAGGAUAUCAUUCAUUUUAUUUUAUUCUUUUGUAGAGGCAUUUUUAUACUUCACCAGGGAAUUCUGGCACAUUUUCUAAGUGAGUGUGAGCAAUUCAAGAACAUAUUUUGAUUAAUGAGUUUUGUUUUUUCAAAUAUAGUGUCCUAUAUGAAUUCUACUUAGAGAGUCUAGUGUAUCUACUGUGAAAUAAAAGGGCAGGAAGGUCACUUGCUAUGAUUAAAGAACAAAGUCCAUUGUUGUCAGACAGCAAACUGUUCUGAAAGCUACAUAAGGGAUUUAGCUGUUAAAAACGUUGGUAAAUAAGGGUGGCUUCCAAUCAGCAUUGAUCCAGCACCUUACUUUUCUAUAGGUUGACUGGGCUUUCUGAGGUAGGGAGGGGCUGUCCUUUCCCCAAGAACCCACAGAACUUAGGUAUUUGUGUGAUGAGACCUAUCACUAAAUUCUGGCUUUAGUAUGUGAAACCUGUUAACUUUGCUGGAGAGAGAAGGAAUACACAUAACUCAUCAAGAUUGUCCUGUAGGAGAUAGUGUUUUGCAACUUUUAAUAACUUUGUAAACAGUCUGUUAAAAACAGUGGGGGCAGGGAAGCAGGUGCGGUGGCUCCUGCCUGUAAUCUCAGCAUUUUGGGAGGCUGAGGCGGGUGGAUUGCCUACGAUAAGGAGUUCGAGACCAGUCUGGCCAACAUAUGAAACCCUGUCUCUACUAAAACUACAAGAAAAUUGGCUGGGCAUGGUGGUGUGCACCUGUAAUCCCAGCUACUUGGGAGGCUGAGGCAGGGGAAUUGCUUGCAACCAGGGACGUGGAGGUUGCAAUAAGCCGAGAUCACAGGCCACUGCACUCCACUCGUGGGCAACGCACUCCAUCUCAAAAAAAAAAAGGUGUGGGGAGGGAUUGAUAGUCCAAAUGUCAUGAGGUUAAGAAUGCUCUUCAAGUGAAAUUGCUUGGCUGCAAGAUGGUUUUAAUUAGACUGUUAUAAAGACUUAUUUUUCCUAAGCAGCAUUUUAUAGUUAGUAAAUGAAAUGUAUGCCGAAAGUGCUAAGCAGAAAUCUCCCUAACCACAGAGGUGUUCAAUAACCAGAUUCAAAUAACAUGGAAAGUACCAUCUGUUCUUCGUUUUCAGCAUGAAAAAGAGGGAUUGAAUGACUGAGAUUUGCUCCAAUUUCGACGGUGUCUGUGUGUGUGCGUGUAUUUUUUUUUAAUUUAAAAAAGUUCACCUGGUACUUCAUAGAAACUUGAAAUUGCAGUAAUAUGAGCAACGCUGUGAAAACACAUGUUUCUACAUUUAUUUUAACCAGUUCCACUUUCAUUUAAAAGAUUUCCAGAAGCCCAGCCAUUGAACACUUUAUAAUGGUUAUACAGUUCCUGCAGGCAAUCACAAUGAGCGGUCAGCUUUUCCAAAGGUCUCACUAUUUAGUCAGUACGUGAAUUAUUCUGUCAAUUUUCUCCCUGGAGGCAAGGAGGGGAAAAGGCUCUGACGCUAACUCUGGUCAGCGUUUAUCAGUUAAUCUAAUUGUGUGAGAUAUAGCUAUGGGCUGGUGUUUACUAUACAUAGAGACCUUGUUCUUGUUCAGAGCUGUAAUCUAGGAUUGUUGGUAAUGAGGAAAAUAUUCUUUUAAGGGUAACUUUUGAGUCUUUGACUUUUAGACACUAAGAAUCUUGGUUCUGAGUUUAGUUAGAGCCCUGGGUAAAACAUUAUCCGGCCUUUGUUUGAGGUCUUUUAUUGAAGCUAAUGACUGGGCUUGUGCCUCCCUGAGAUAAAUGACAUUAUCUCUGAGUGGACUGACAGGAAACAGACAUGUUAAUGGUGAAGCUGCGGGGAGGAUCUGCUUGGGUUCUGACAAAAGAGUCGAGAAAGGGACCCCUGGUUGUGGUCAUUAACACAUAAUGCAUUCUUGCUCUUCCUAAGAGGCCCUUGAUAAUUGGAAAGCUAUUUUAGCCACAAGCACUUAAAUCAUAAAUCUACUACUCCUAGUUCCUUUGCAUUCUUAAAAGUAGUAAUGUGUUUUUUGUUAACAAGUGUGUGAUCUGGUUUUUUAACGUGGUGGCAGUUCUAGGCUGCCUGGGUAAUGACGUGUGGGAGAGCUGCAUAUUGAACUGUUUUGAUCAGUUCAGAUUCUUUGUCUUUCAGCACUGCUCAGCCAUCCCUCUACUUUAAUAAAGUGAAAAAGUGGGUAUGGAGCAGAAAAGAAGCCAUUUUUCUGUCUGAAGAUGUCUUGUGAAAGGGGGAUAAAAUUCGUUUUGUAAGAUUUUGUGCAGUGAUUUGAAUGCGAUGAAACCUGACUUUUGGAGUGUAUGUUUUCAAAAGUCAUGGGUAUAAUUCAGUUUCAGUGCAGUUUAAACUCUCUGCUUCUUGAACAAAGAUAAUUGCCAUGUUGAACACACUCUAGAGGUGUAGAAGAGGUGAAAGGAUCAUGUUAUUCUAUUCUUUAAUAUUAAGCACUGGAAGUUUUUCAUAGUAAUUACUGCAGUACAACAUAGUUUUGAUUGCCAGCACUCUGAACUUGCCAGCAAUCUGAACAUCAAGGGUUUUGCUUGAAUACUAAACAGUUUAUUCCUAAAUUACUUGUAUUAUGUUCUUGUGUAAUGUGGAAGUCAGAACUAAAGAAAUACUGGGCUAUCCUUGUUAGCAGCAUCUUAGGGAAAAUAAAUAACCCUUCUUUGCUAGGAUUGUUGUCGAUACAUGAUCAUAAUACCCUCCUAAUGUAGUCAUUGAAGAUUAAAGGGAUGGAGAACAGGUGAGCUCCCUGCCUCAGUAAUGACUUGGGUUGUCAUUAGAGAGUAAUAUAUGUAUGAUAUUGGUGCCCUGUAACUGAUAUUUCGUAGAUGUGUGUGUAUAUAAAUGUUGUAAUCGCAUAUACAGAUGUUGCAUUGGGAGUAUUUGGUUAGUAUGAUAUUUAGUCUUUAAAAAAUCUUCACUGGUGGUUUCACGUUCCACUCUGCUGCAGUUAUAUGGACCUCUCCCUCUGUGUCUAAUUCUCUCUCCCAACUGCAAUUUCACUAGUGACUACUUGCUCCCUGUCACAAGUUCUUUUUAAUUUCAGCUCAGGGUUUUGGCAAUGGGAACAAAGCCUUUGCAACUGAAUGAAAGGUUGUUAAACUAUUCAUAGUUGAUUGACCAUCAGUUGGGCUGUUUGUAAUGUUAUUUUGAGAGCUCAAAGGAUAUGCAAGACAGCGAGACUUAGCACUUUGCUCCUAAAGCUGAAUUUUGCAUAUUUGCUAAAUUUUGCUUAGCAAUACCUUUGGGAAUGUAGUACAAAAAAGAAUGGGUUUUGCCUUAAGAACUGAGAUGAUCACAAAGCAAAUACUUAUAUUUUGAUAGGUCAGUGGGCCUUGAACCACAGGGAUCUCAUCUGGUAUGCAGAAGGCUUUUCCCCCUAGUGAAACUAAAUGAAUUCUAAAAGGUAUAUAUUAUAAUUGUAAUAGAUAACUCAAAGGAAAGGGUGUUUCACUUAGAACAAAUGGGUUUGAAAUGAUGAACUAAUACUUCCGUGGAUUUUUCAAAGCCAUUUUCUCUUCUCUCUUAUCUCCACCCCUGACCUAGUUUGAUUAUUAUUCACUGUGACUGUUCCAGCCCAACCACUGAUCUUUCUGCCUCCUGGGAAUCCUCAUUGUCAGCUAGCACCUUAAGAAAAAUGUGCCUACAGGGACAUUUAGGCAUAUUCCAAUAAUGCCAUAUGAAUACGGCUUUUACAGUUUAAAAAGCAAGUAAAAAUAUAUUGAUUAUAUUUUGUGUUGUACAUAAUGAUUUCAGAAAACAGAUACUUAGGUUGUGGGAUUGGCUUAUUAUGUUAACCAGAGAGCAGAUGGCAUGGUGCCACAGAUGUAUAAUUUUACUUAAAGGGACGUUUAAGGUUUUGAUGUGUUUUCUUUUCCUCUUAUUUCCCUGAUGGCUUCUUUUUAUUGAAGGGUAACUUAAGGAGACCUGGUAGCAAUUUUACUGCCUUCUCCUGACAGUUUGAAAUAAUAGCUUGGUCUUUGGUUGCACUGAUCUUCUACCAGUCAACUCGAUUCUGGUUUUUCUCAUGUGGCACAGAAUUUUUAAAAAAGUGUUUGUAGAAUGUUUUAAGAAGUGGACUCUUUUAUUUGCCUCAAUUAGCAACAGACGACAAAGUUCCAAUUGGUCAUACUUUCAUAAACUCUUGGAAGUCACUGUUUGUCCUUUUGAUUAAAGAAAAUUCAUGGUUUAGUUUCCUAGGAAAGCACAUCUGGCCCUCUGGCUGCUUUUGGUACACCUUUUUGUCCUUCGCAUUCAUCACUGAAGGUUCAAAGGUUGUGUCUAAGUUGUUCCUAGUUAGGUUAGAAAGUGUUCCCCAUGCUGGAGGAAGUGUACCUUUUUAAAAUUUUUUAACUAUACUCAUCAUGUGUUUGAAUUCAAUUGUCAUAAAAGUACCUUUUGUUUUUGUGCCUAAAUUUUAGUUUUAUCUAUUCUUCACCUCAGACAUCAUCAGGAUGAGUUGGAAAGCAUCUUCUAACUUUUUUUCUUUUUUGAGACAGAGGGAGUCUUGCUCUGUCGCCCAGGCUGGAGUACAGUGGCACGUUCUCGGCUUACUGCAACCUCCACCUCCUGGGUUCAAGGGAUUCUCCUGCCUCAGCCUCCCGAGUAGCUGGGACUACAGGUGUGUGUCACCACGCCCAGCUAAUUUUUUGUAUCUAUAGAAGAAACGGGGUUUCACCAUGUUAGCCAGGAUGGUCUCGAUCUCCUGACCUCGUGAUCCGCCCGCCUUGGCCUCCCAAAGUCCUGGGAUUAUGGGCUAGAGCCACUGAGCUCGGCUGGCACCUUCUAACUUUUUUUUUCCAAAGUGUGCAAUAGCCAGACCAGAUUACUUCUGGAUUUCCUGUCACUUCCUUGGCUGAUUUUAUGGAUGGCUCAUUUUAAAAACAACAAAAAUGUUUGAAUUGGAAGGGUUGAAGCCUUGGGUUUUCAUUCUUCAUGGAAAACUGUUUAUUUGUGUGUGGUUCACCACAGUACAUGGAUAAUGCUAUCAAAUCUGUGCUUUAUUACAGGCUUAUGACUAGCACAGCAGCACUUCAGUUAUGUGUUCCUGUGCUUUAGUUCUUUGCCAACUCUUUUGUGAUGGAAAUGAAAUUAGAACUGAAUCUUUGCAGCGAAGGGGAAAAUAGGCACAACAAAUAGAAACUAUCCCUUGAGCCAGUUAAGAAGUAAGAAGUGGUGAUUAACAUGUUUUUUUUUUUUUUUCUUCAAAGUAAGUGAAACACAGAGGAAACUACUUCCAUUUAGCUUUUCCGUGAAGAUAGGUGGAAGAAGAGCUGAACACUGAGAAGUGCUGCAGCUAGACUCUAUCUUAUCCCCUUGUAUCGUUUGACAUCUUAAGUAGUUGAAAAGCGAUUCGUAUUCCCAAAUCUUUAAACUUCUCUGAAGGUGUAAUUUGAGUUAAAUAGUAUUGUUUUCUUCUGCUCUCCAAAGGGAACAACAUGAUGUUAAAACAGAGCAAUUGAGCCUCUCCGCAUCCAACUCCAUUUGGCCAAUUGUCUCCAUUUACAUUCCUUGCCCAAAUCUUUCACCAGCCUUUCCCAUGAUGCCGCAGCAGAUGCCAGACACUGAAGUAGAAAGCGAGCAGCUGUUUCCAAACAUUACUCCAUUGCUGUAUUAUCCUCCACAAUCUGCUUUCUUUUGCUCUCCCCUUCCCCCAUUCUUAAAAUAAAGAAGCCUUCUCUCCCUUGGACUUUCGCAUCCUCCAGUUGAUCAGUACGCCGGUUUUCUGUCUUAUCAGUGGCGCCAGGUUCUUCAGCAGGUCGGUUGAUUGUUCUCUCUGGGAGCAGAUGGAGGGCCCUGGGCUCCUGGAGGCGUGGCCGCUGCCCCCUCAGGCCCGGGGAUGCGCGCUCCCGACGGGGCGGCGCGGACGUGCAGCCGGGGACGCGCCCCUCUUCCCGCCGGGAACCCGUUUAUGGCCCUGAGCGCUGUAAAUCUGUCAGCUCUUCACGACGCCUUCACCUCUUUCUUCAUUUGCUGCAGCUUCUAGUUUGACAACGUUCCCCUGAGGCAGAAUUCUAAUCUGCUUCCAAUUAGUUGCAAAAUGUGACUGAAAUUUCCACAUUAUGACUGCUGUUUUACUUGCACGCACACAUCUAGAAACAAAUUAAUGCUCUUGAAUAUUUAUUUUUUGAGCCCUUGGAUUUACUUUAAGAGGAAGAGUUUCCAACUGUUUGGAAUGACUUCCAGGAUUUGCAUUCCCCCCACCCCCCAAAGCCUCACAUACUGGGUACAUUAAAACAAAACCAAACCAGGAUGGUUGCCUGCCUCUCCCUUAAAUAAGCCUUUCCUAUCUUUUCAAGAUUUCCCAAAAUGUAUUGCAUAUGUUUAAGUAAUGCAAAUAAAUUUUGUAGUAUUUCUAAAAUAAACAAAACAAGGAUGUUUGGCUAAGGAAGGGUCCCUAUGCAGUGUUUUAAUAAAAGAGAAAUACACACACAUUUCCUUCUAAAUAUAGCUUAAGUAUACUUUGGCCAAAACACAAAGACUUUUGUUCCACAAGUUUAAAUUCUUUCAUUCAAUAUUCAAAAGCUGUAAACCCAAAUAAACGAAUUGGGUGAUUAAUUGGCUUGGCACACAUCUAAGGGCGGCAUUAAAGAAGUCACUGUGGGCAUUAAUGUGUACCCAAGUUUUUGUGUAUGUCUCUGGAGCACACCCUCCCCAAGCGAGCAGCUGGGGUGGUUUUGCUGAAAUCAGUAUAGUGGGUGUUUCCUGUGACUUUGGAGUUUCCAGUCCCUCUGUCAGCCACCAGUGUUAGGAGAAUGGACCUGGCUCUGGGCUUUGGGGUGGUUCUGUUUGAGGGUGAUCAUCAACCCAACUCCAUUUCUUCUCUUUAAGUGAUUUUUUUCUUUUGAAACAAAGAUGUUGAUCUUCCUAAUUAUAUGUAAAUAUUAGAGUUCUUUAAAUGUGGAUUGCUGAGAAUGUCAAGUUAAGACAACCAUUUUAUUACUUGCCUUAAAGACUGCUUUCUCAAGUACUGGAGAAUUUUAGUACCAAGGCAGUGAAUCCCUGGAUUAGUGUUUGUGAAAAGGUGCUACUCUUAAUGUAAACAGCGAAAUUUACUGAUGCAUUUUAUAGUAGAAUUAGUCUUCAAGCAUCUUGGCAGAUUGAUAUCAACAGUAAUAAUGGGCUUUAAAGAGGUGUGAAGGAUUUUAUUGAUGGUAAAGUGGUUAUGUUGAUCGCAUCUCUCUGUAUUAGCUUCUGAGUAACAACUGCACGUGUAAAUGGAUGCAGUUUUUCUAAACGUUUUUAUAAUAUAUAAUCAUAAAACCCUAUAUUGAUUGAUUUAUAACGCUCUUUUAUGUGCUACUUUGAAUUUCUAAUCAGGAGGUAAAGAAUUUAUUUCAUUUUGUUUAAACAAAACCUACUUGAAAUUAUUUAUUAGAUAUAUAGAGUAUACAUUAUUUAAGUGAUUUUCUAAAAACUUAUUUUUAGAUAUGCCAAAAUUCCACAAAGAAGUAGGAGUGCUCUUUCUAUUGCUUCCUUUCUUCUUGCUCAAUGACUCGUAGUAGAAAAAACAGCCAGAUUGAAAUCCUUAAAAAUUUAAAAUGUUGGGCCUUCAGAUUGUAGAGACCUCCUGGGUUAAAAAAAAAAAAAAAAGAAAGAAAAGAAAAGAAAAUAAUAGUGGCCCUGUAGUGAAAUGCUCACAAUAGCAAUGAUUGUGGUAGCCCCUCAAGUCCUGGGGUUCACUAAUUAUCCUUUAAUGAGGUCAGUCUGCCCUAGCUUUUUGCCUACCUUGGGCGGAAAAGCCCACAAGACAGUUGGAGUUCAAGUGGAUCUUGCUGUAUUUGCAACUUAGCAUAACUGCUUUGAAAACCCCCAGGGUGCUUAAUUGGGGCCUGGGCAUUUUUGUUGGAGGGGAGACUACACACAGCUCCUCAUUGUGCUUGUAGGAGCCACUGUGCAUCUUGGAAGCAUUACAUGCUUUUGUUGAUGGUGUAUAGUUUUAUAAACUCCAAAUGAGCUUAUUGCUUUUUAACCAUUGGGAGAGCUAAAUAAUGGAAGAACCUAGAAGUCUUUGGGUUGGGCAGCCGCCAAACAGUUCCAAAAAAAAAAAAAAAAAAAAAAAAAAAGAAAGAAAGAAAAGAGAGAGAAUGAAUGGUUUAAUUGUAGAGCAAACCAUUUGUUUACAGAUUAACAUUUACUUGGUCACCAAAUCCUAUGGAUGAGGUGAAAGAAUGAGGCCAUAAGGUACAGAAAUUGAAUGCCCAGUGUUAUGUUUUGUGAUCAUGCUCAGCUGUUUUUACUCUUUUUUUUCCACAAAGAAGGCAGCGGAAGAAUGAAUUGUUUAAUGGUGAGAACUGCUGGCCAAGUGCACUUUUUAAGCUGUACAGAGGGAGGGAAGAACGGGAGUCAGGUUGCUAUUUCUGUGCUGCCUAGUCAAGAAGCAAAUAUCAUAACGUUCUUCUGGCUGAGAGAAGGGCUACAAGACUGUUGCUGAAUCUUCCUGUUUGCUCGCUCAAGGAGGAAUGGUGGUGGUGGAGGCAGGAGUAGAAACUAGGAAAAAGGUUGACCCCCUGUUUACAGUGCCAGCGCCACCACCGCCGAUUUCCAGCAGUCUCACGCCUCAGAUUCUACCCUCCUACUUUUCCCCAUCUUCAUCCAAUAUUGCAGCACCGGUUGAACAGCUUUUGGUUCGGACUCGUUCUGUGGGUGUCAAUACAUGUGAAGUUGGAGUAGUGACAGAGCCAGAGUGUCUUGGGCCCUGUGAACCCGGGACCAGUGUGAAUUUGGAAGGGAUCGUGUGGCAUGAAACAGAAGAAGGUGUUCUAGUGGUCAAUGUCACCUGGAGGAACAAAACAUAUGUGGGAACCCUACUGGACUGCACCAAGCAUGACUGGGCCCCUCCCAGGUUUUGUGAGUCACCGACAAGUGACCUGGAGAUGAGAGGGGGCCGGGGCAGAGGGAAGAGAGCGAGGUCUGCUGCUGCCGCCCCGGGCUCCGAGGCCAGCUUCACGGAGUCCAGAGGGCUGCAGAACAAGAACAGAGGGGGGGCCAAUGGGAAAGGGAGGCGGGGCAGCCUCAAUGCCAGCGGUCGAAGGACACCCCCAAAUUGUGCCGCUGAGGACAUCAAAGCCAGCCCUUCCUCCACCAACAAAAGGAAAAACAAGCCUCCAAUGGAGCUGGACCUGAACUCCAGCUCUGAGGACACUAAGCCUGGGAAGCGUGUCCGCACAAAUUCCAGAAGCACCCCCACUACCCCUCAAGGGAAACCAGAGACUACUUUUUUGGACCAAGGCUGCUCUUCUCCGGUAUUAAUCGACUGUCCCCACCCAAACUGCAACAAAAAGUACAAGCACAUUAAUGGCCUGAGGUACCACCAGGCUCAUGCACACUUAGACCCGGAAAACAAGCUGGAGUUCGAGCCUGACAGCGAGGACAAGAUCUCGGACUGCGAGGAAGCGUUGAGUAAUGUGGCACUGGAAUGCAGCGAGCCAAGCACAAGCAUAUCUGCUUAUGACCAGGUGAAGGCACCGGCAUCCCCUGGGGCCGGAAACCCGCCUGGGACCCCAAAGGGAAAGAGAGAGCUGAUGAGCAAUGGCCCAGGUUCCAUUAUUGGUGCUAAAACUGGGAAGAAUUCUGGCAAAAAGAAGGGCCUUAACAACGAGCUGAACAACCUUCCAGUCAUCUCCAACAUGACGGCCACGUUAGACAGUUGCUCGGCCGCAGACGGCAGUUUGGCUGCUGAGAUGCCUAAACUGGAAGCAGAGGGAUUAAUUGACAAGAAAAAUUUAGGAGAUAAAGAAAAGGGCAAGAAAGCUAACAACUGCAAAAUGGACAAAAACCUCUCUAAACUGAAGAGCGCCCGGCCCAUUGCCCCUGCCCCAGCCCCCACUCCCCCGCAGCUAAUCGCUAUACCCACUGCAACCUUUACAACCACCACCACGGGGACAAUACCCGGACUGCCCUCCCUCACAACGACUGUUGUUCAGGCUACACCAAAGAGUCCUCCAUUAAAACCCAUUCAACCAAAGCCCACGAUUAUGGGAGAGCCCAUCACCGUGAACCCAGCUCUAGUGUCACUCAAAGACAAAAAGAAAAAGGAGAAGCGAAAGCUGAAGGACAAAGAAGGGAAAGAGACAGGAAGCCCAAAAAUGGACGCCAAGCUGGGGAAACUAGAGGACUCCAAGGGUGCCAGCAAAGAUCUACCUGGCCAUUUUUUAAAGGAUCAUCUCAACAAGAAUGAAGGGCUGGCAAAUGGACUGUCAGAGUCUCAGGAGAGCCGCAUGGCCAGUAUUAAAGCCGAAGCCGAUAAGGUUUACACUUUUACCGACAACGCUCCCAGCCCUUCCAUCGGGAGCGCCUCGAGGAUGGAGUGCAGCACUUUGGUGAACGGGCAGGCACCAAUGGCACCUCUGCAUGUGUUGACCCAGAAUGGGGCCGAGAGUUCAGCCGCCAAGACAAGCAGCCCGGCCUAUUCGGACAUAUCCGAUGCUGCUGAUGAUGGUGGUUCUGACAGCAGGUCCGAGGGCAUGAGAUCAAAGGCCGGUUCCCCAUCAGAUAUUGUUUCUAGUAAGGACGGUGUAGUGAAAGGGCAUUCUUCAACCACAGCACAAUCAUCUCAACUGAAAGAGUCCCAUUCUCCCUAUUACCAUGGCUAUGAUCCUUAUUAUUCUCCAAGUUACAUGCACCCUGGGCAGGUUGGCAUCCCUGCAGCUGGAAGUAGUGGGAGCACACAGGGAAUAAAGAUCAAGAAGGAGUCUGAGGAAGAGGCCGAAAAGAAAGACAAGGCAGAGCAGUUAGAUUCUAAGAAAGUGGAUCACAGUUCUGCAUCUUUACAGCCUCAGCACCAGUCAGUGAUCACACAAAGACAUCCUGCCCUGGCUCAGUCACUUUAUUAUGGCCAGUAUGCCUAUGGGCUCUAUAUGGACCAGAAGUCUCUGAUGGCUACCAGCCCAGCCUAUAGACAGCAAUAUGAGAAGUACUAUGAAGACCAGAGGUUGGCAGAGCAGAAAAUGGCCCAGACUGGGAGAGGAGACUGUGAAAGGAAAAGUGAGCUCCCCUUGAAAGAGCUGGGCAAGGAGGAAACUAAACAGAAAAACAUGCCAUCGGCCACAAUCUCAAAAGCUCCCUCUACUCCGGAGCCUAACAAAAACCAUUCUAAACUAGGGCCAUCAGUGCCUAAUAAAACUGAGGAGACAGGUAAAUCGCAGCUUCUCUCCAAUCACCAGCAGCAGCUUCAGGCCGACAGCUUCAAAGCUAAGCAGAUGGAAAACCACCAGCUUAUUAAGGAGGCUGUAGAAAUGAAGUCUGUCAUGGACUCUAUGAAGCAGACAGGUGUAGACCCAACCUCGAGAUUUAAACAAGAUCCAGAUUCAAGAACGUGGCAUCAUUACGUAUACCAGCCCAAAUAUCUGGAUCAGCAAAAGUCAGAAGAACUUGAGAGAGAGAAGAAGUUAAAAGAGGAUAGUCCCAGGAAAACCCCUAAUAAAGAGAGUGGUGUGCCUAGCCUUCCUGUAUCAUUAACGAGCAUUAAAGAGGAGCCCAAAGAGGCUAAGCGUCCUGAUUCUCAAUCAAUGGAGGAGAGCAAGCUGAAAAACGAUGAUCGAAAGACUCCUGUGAACUGGAAGGACUCUCGGGGAACAAGAGUGGCUGUCUCCUCACCCAUGAGUCAGCAUCAGUCAUACAUACAGUACUUGCAUGCCUAUCCUUACCCACAGAUGUACGACCCAAGCCAUCCUGCAUACCGAGCUGUUUCUCCAGUCCUAAUGCACAGUUACCCUGGGGCCUAUCUCUCUCCAGGAUUUCAUUAUCCUGUUUAUGGGAAGAUGUCAGGGAGAGAAGAGACAGAGAAAGUCAAUACCAGCCCUAGCAUCAACACGAAAACAACCACUGAAUCUAAAGCACUGGAUUUGCUCCAGCAGCAUGCUAACCAAUACCGCAGCAAGUCUCCUGCUCCAGUGGAAAAGGCUACAGCUGAGCGGGAACGGGAGGCAGAAAGGGAAAGGGAUCGCCACUCCCCCUUCGGCCAGCGGCACCUGCACACGCACCACCACACCCAUGUUGGCAUGGGUUACCCGCUAAUCCCGGGUCAAUACGACCCUUUUCAAGGCUUGACCUCUGCUGCCCUUGUUGCCUCUCAGCAGGUGGCCGCCCAGGCAUCUGCAUCUGGAAUGUUUCCUGGACAAAGAAGACAAAGUCGCAAAUGGAGACAUUUAUUUUCAUAAUGCUAAAGGUAACGUUUGCUCUUUGAUAUUUUAAAUUAUUCCUUAAGUUUUAAGAAGGAAAAUUAUUUAAAGGAAUUAAAUUAUUAAUAUUAUAAAAUUAAUAUUUUUCACAAUGGAUAUCAUUACUUUGUGUUUAUUCACUUUCUCUGGAAUUGAAUUCCACAUUUGAAUGGAAUGAAAAAUAAGCCUAUCAGUCUUAUAGUUUUCAGGUUUGCAGUGUCAAAUGUUGAUAGAGGCCAGGCACGGUGACUCAUGCCUGUAGUCCCAGCUCUUUAGGAGGCUAAGGCAGGCUAAUCAGCUGAGGUCAGAAGUUCCAGACCAGCCUGGCCAACAUGAUGAAACCCUGUGUCUACUAAAAAUACAAAAAUUAACUGGGCGUGGUGGUGUGCGCCUAUAAUUCCUGCUACUAGGGAGGCUGAGGCACGAGAAUUCUUGAACCUGGGAGGCAGAGGUUGCAGUAAGUUAAGAUUGUACCAUUGCACUCCAGCCUGGGUGACAGAGUGAGACUGUGUUUCAAGAAAAAAAAAGUUGAUUGAAGCCUGUGCUAAAGUUUGCUUUUCUU